AUGCCGUUUGGAAUGGAGCGUGCUGCUGAGACGAUAGGGAGUGUGAAGAACGGGAAUGGGUAUAAGGGUGGAAGUGGAAUUGCGGAGGAGGUGGUGGGCGCGCAGGAGGAGGCGGGGACGAAGACGAGAGGUAGACCGAGGGUUGAUACUCAGUCUUUCUACUAUUCGCCCCUACUGGAGCCGAAUGAACUGAAAGGCACCAAUGAAGAGAUGUGCAAUAUCUUCAUUGGUCUGUAUGACUUCAAUGUUGGCAAGGGGCUGUUGCAGCGAGAACCAGAGUUUGGGCAACAGCAUCAGUUGACGACGGGACGGUUUCUCCCUUCAGCGAAAGCUUCUUCUUCAUACGAGGAUAGUCAUGAUGAAAACAGUGAGGGACCCCAAAAGCGUGUGAAUUCGAUGUCUGAUCGUCGGCUGAGAGGAUCGAGAAAGUCUCCGAGUGAACGACCAGAAAAAGAACACUAG